AUGGAGUGCUGCGAUCACGGCGUUGAUGGCCGGCAUCUCUGCGACGGCUGCGACAGCGAGUUGGCGAUGCUGUCGCACGGGUGGAGCGUCCACAACCUCAGGCUACCUCUCGUCGCACACGGAGCUGUGGUUUCGCCUAAUUUCGCCAACGUUUUCGCGAAUGGCGAUGGUAUAUUCGUCGUCCCCAAUGGCGCUACUAAGACCGUUGCUUCGCCUCCAGUCGCCGCCAAUGCCGCCUCCGGCGCCGCGUAUUCUGCUGACGUGUCGCAGCCACUGGUAACUUCCGAUCUGGCUGCAUUGACGGAGUCGUUGUGGGCUGAGCUGGCAGCAAUGGACGGCGAUUACCGCACUGCCACGUGGCAGGAUCCCGACGCCGCUCCUCCAAGCGGCUGGCAGCUGAUUGGCGACAACCCUAAAUCGCCGCGCCGCCCUGCCAAAGCCCGAACCGCGACGCCUCUUGAUAAAUUCUGUCAGCAGAGCGUGGUUCCGACAGCGAUCAAAACCGGUGCUGCGCCAUCAAGGGCUCAGACCGACUCGGACACACAGCAACAUCAUCAUUAUCAACCCUUCGCCGUGACUGCUAUGCAGGAUUCAGUGGCAACGAGUUUUGAGACUACUCAAAAGCACGCGGCGAUUGCAAGCGUCGGUGCGUCAGCGUCAUCAAAGCAACAGCAACAGCAUCCCUUUGAGAUGAUCGCUGCUGUCACACCCACUGCUGUCACUCCUGCUAAUGUCACACCUGCUGCUGCUCUUGCCACUGCUCCUUCUUCCAGCAGCCUCAGCGGCAGACCUGUUCGAGUUAAGAGCGGUGCUAUGCGGCUCCCGGAGAGUCGAGUGGGCUUUGCUGCAGUGCCCAGUUCCUCUGGAUUCGUUACAGCCUGCGGUGUUCCUGAGGUCGCUACAGCCGCUGCUGCUCCUCCUGGGUUCGCUACGGCCUCCAGUGCUCCUGGGUUCGCUACGGCCUCUGGUGUUCUCGGUUCAGCUGAAGCAGCCCAGCUUGAUGCUUCCGUUGCUUCCAACGGCCGGGCUGAUCAGGGGACGGGCUUGUUCAGUGUGCGUAAUCCCGACCAUGGUGGUAAAGAGAGCAUCCACCAGUCGGAUUUCUCUCAAGUCCCCCCUGCUUACCACCCGCCCUACUCACGAAGAUUUCCGCCCUUCUCCUCUCCUUUCCCCGCUCCUUUCCCCGCUCCCUUCCCCACGCCCAGAUCCCCUCCUUUUUCCUGUCCUUUCCCCGCUCCCUUCCCUGGCCCCUUCCCCCUUCACUCUUCGAACCUGACUGCCCCAUUUGCCUCCUCCGCCGCAUCCCUUCUCCCUGCUGCCGCCCCACCCCAGGGCCUAAGCCUGCCCCCUCCUUACCCUUCUGUCCUUCGUUCGCCCAACCUUCCACCCACUAAUCGUCCCAUUUCCCCUCAAACCCCCGAUGAUUUCUCCCCUAGUAGCCCCAUUCUGAGCCAAUUCCACCCCAGUCACCCCCUCCCCAGUCACCCCCUCCCCAGUCACCCCCUCCCCAGUCACCCCCUCCCCAGUCACCCCCUCCCCAGUCACCCCCUCCCCAGUCACCCAUUCUCCCACUCCCACCUUCACAACAACCUAUCAUCUAGCAACUCAGCACCCAAUUUUCCUCUUUCCCGGAUUUUUCACCCAAUAAGUUUCCCUGCGGUCCCAACUUCUCCUGCUGUUAGUAAUGCCUUUUCCAGUUCCACCUCCCUCAGUAUGCCCUGCUCCAGUUGCACCCUCCCCGAAGGCCCCUCCUUGCUGGCUCGCUCCUGCUCUGCUCCUCUCAUCGCCCCUGCCAUAAGCAACCCCUUUGGGACACUGCAGUCCACCCUUCGACUGCCGCCCACUGCCCAGCUUUCUGCUGUGCUGCAACUGCCACAGUCAUCAUCCCCCCCAGGAUCAAGGGCGCGUGAGCUGGAGGCGUUUCUAGAGGCGCCUCACAAACUGCCGCCCUCCGCCGCCGCUGGCCCGCUCUCUGCUGCCCUGCAAGUGCCGCAGUCGUCGUCUCCCCCGGGAUCGAAGGCACAUGAGCUAGAAGCGUUUUUCGAACGAAGUCUCAGCCUAGAGUCGUCUUGCAGGAGAGAGUUUGACAUGCAGAUGUUCUUAAAACGAAGGAUGGGCGAGAGUAAGGCACCUGAAAGGGCCGCUGAGCUGGAGGAGUUCUUAAAAGGAAGGAUGACAAUAUCGAAGGGCGAGUGUGUGGAGAUGGAUGGUGGAGAUCUUUUUCUCAAGAGGGCAUACGGACGGAUGGUGCAUAGGGGGUAG